ACAACGGAAGGGAGAUGUACUGUCCGCGUUGAACAUCUUAGCUACCACUCAAAUAUGUUUGAUGUGGGAAAUUGAUCAUCGACAUUAGCACAAGUUGGUAGAAAGAGCUAUGGACAUGGCGUCACGACAAAGUGUCAAAGUCCUCAGGGGCUGCGUCCUUGAUACGAUUCCAAGACGAACUCGGCUUCAACACAUCAGGAACCGAUCAUCUAUGGCAGUCCCAGCAGCUUCGUGUCUGCUCCCUAAACAUACACGUACAUGUACCCAGGCACGCUUCUACACUUCAUCAUCGACACAACAAGACGCUCGUCACGCGACCUCGCUCUUCGACAUGCACGACCGCGACGUCGAAUCCAUCAUCAAUGGCAUCCGCCGCUUCCACGCCCACGGCGAACCCUACCGCAUAGCACACGGCUCCACAAACAGUACCCGGCCGCGCGCCCCUGGCACAAACGUCAUCGACAUAUCCCGCCUCAACCGCGUCCUGCACAUCGACCGCGACGCCCAGACCGCCAUCGUCGAGCCCAACGUGCCCAUGGACCGCCUCGUCGAAGCCACUCUCGACCACGGCCUCAUCCCACCCGUCGUCAUGGAAUUUCCCGGCAUCACCGUCGGCGGCGGCUUCGCUGGCACCUGCGGCGAGAGCUCCUCGUUUAAGCACGGCUUCUUCAGCGAUAACAUCGACUGGGCUGACAUCGUCCUUGCGAAUGGCGAGCUUGUCCGUGUCUCGCCUGAGGUGCGGCCUGAUCUCUUUUCUGGUGCGGCGGGCGCGCUGGGGACUUUGGGUGUUACGACGCGUGUGCAGAUUAGGCUUGUUAAGGCGGAGAAGUAUGUCGAUGUUACUGUGCAUCCGCUUACUACGACUGGCAAGGGCAACGAUGGAGGAGAGGAGGAUAUCUUUGCUGCUGCUGUGGAUAAAGCAGCGCUGUUCGCUCGCCGCUCAGACAUCGACCAUCUCGACGGCAUCCUCUUCUCGCGCACCGAAGGUGCCCUCAUGACCGGCACCAUGACAUCCGCCCCUCUCUCACUCUCCUCAUCCUCAUCUUCAUCCUCACACACAAACCCCCAACAACUAACACGCUUCUCCCGCCCCAAAGACCCCUGGUACUACAUGCACAUCUCCCACCUCCUCACCCAACAACCCCACAACCCACGCCCAACAACCUUCCGCACCCCGCUCGCAGAAUACCUCUUCCGCUACAACCGCGGCGGCUUCUGGGUCGGCCACGCCGCAUUCGAGUACUUCCACUUCCCCUUCACCGCGCUCACACGCCGCCUGCUCGACGACUUCCUGCACACCCGCAUGAUGUACACCGCCCUGCACGCCUCAGGCCUAAGCGAGCGCUACAUAGUACAGGACUACGCGCUGCCGUUCAGCGGCGCGGUCGGGUUUCUGAAAGGUGUCCAGCGAGACGUGGGCGUUUGGCCGCUAUGGCUGUGUCCGCUGAGGACGGUGUCCGGGACAGCGCAUUUCCAUCCGCGGGCGCGGCGGGCGACAGAGAGUGCAAGUACGACUACGACAGAAGCAGGGACGGCGGAGGGACAGAAGGCAGACGAGGAGCAGCCCGAACACAUCCUGAACAUAGGCAUCUACGGCUGGCCUCCUUCGCCUACUACCUGCACGCCCACCUUCGCAGCCGUGAACCGCCACCUCAACGCCCUCGCCGCCACCCAUGGCGGCACGAAAUGGCUGUACGCCCAAUCCUUCUACACAGCCGAGGAGUUCUGGCAGAUCUACGACCGGGCGUGGUAUGAAGGAUUGCGGGCCAAGUAUGGGGCUGCUGGCGGCGGUAAUAAUAGCUUGCCGAGUGUGACGGAUAAGGUUGCUUGGGAUGGCGUGGAAAAGGAGCAGCAAGUGCGGGAUGUGUGGCCGGCGGCGGGGAUACGCGGGCUGAGGGCUGCGAUUAAGAGUAAGUCGUAUCUAGAUGCGCGGAAGAGUCGGUGGAAGGAGUGGAGUUGAGUUUGAAAGGCCCGGGUGGGGGAUUGUUAUUUUGAGGGAUAGGUAGGUUAUGUAAUAUUAUAUAAGAUCAAUGAUAGAAGGGAGAUAUAUAUAUCAGAGGGCUAUAUGUACUACGGACGUACACACACACACACACACACACACACACACACACACACACACACCCACACGCAUUCUCCACAGAGCAUGUGUUAUAUAGACAAAUAACUGAUAGAGCUGAGCUUAUAUAUUACUACGGACGGAAUACUCGUGCAUCAAUUGUACAUCCAGGCCUUUUUCCAGUCUGGGGCGGGGGGAUUUUAAAAACACAAA